CAAGCAUACCGCCCCUCCGACUAGACAGAAAAGCUACAUUCCUAAAAUGUUUGCCCCGGGCCACUAUAAAUUGCUGGAAUGCGUCCAGGCCACAAACAUUAUUGAUGCAGAGUUCCAGACGCGUGUACAUGAUUUCCGAGUUCCAGACGCCUGUACAUGAUUUCCGGAAAGAUUUCAACAAUGCAAAGAAACCUAAUGGCUGAGAGCAGCCUCGCCCCAACCCAUUAUUUCGACAUGUGGCAUGACUAUAUGAACCUAGGGAGGCUGCUGGAGAAACUUUGUGACGUCGCAGAUCGGACAGCGACCACCUGUACCCAGCUAAAGGAGCACGUGCCGGACGCAGAAGACCACCAGACCGGUCGCCAGGAGCAACAAUGGUUUCGUCUGAAUUCGAUCGGGACUGAGAGUCUGAGUUCUGCAAGCAGCAUUUCAGGCAACACGAGCCACAGCCUGGGUUCCGGUGAUUACUGCGGCUUCUGCAAGCAAAAUGGAGAAACGGCAGAGAUCUACCGGAGCCACAAACUGAAAUCCAAAGACAGCAAAGUCAUCUGCCCCAUUCUGAGGAGCUACAUUUGUCCUAUGUGUGGCGGCACCGGAGACAAAGCUCACACGCGCCGGUACUGCCCACAGCGCAACGGCGUGGUGCCGAAAUACCGGGGGACUGUGGAGUAGAAUCAAUCUACAUAUUUAUGGAGAAAAUAGAUCCAACGUUCUUGUUCAGUUAGAUAUACCCAUUGUUAACAUAUAUAUUUUUUACAAAGUGACUUAAUGCGCCUUUGAUGUUCUGCUAUGAAAAAAAUAAACCUAUUUUCGUACAUAA